AAUACAAAACAUCCCUUCCUCUCUGUUCUGAGACUUUCUAUGACUCAGACAUAGCUGCGUAGUGGCUUCUGCAACUUCUGUUUCACCUCUCAAUUGUCACCUGACUCCAAAACCCAACUUGUGAGUAACACCACAUUUUUUUAUCACGUAUUCUUAAUUCUUUAUCGAGGAAAUUCACAUUCUUGUGCUUUGAAGAGAGUCUUUUGGAGUAUUGUCGUCAAAGAUAACAACUUUGUUGUUGUGUUGGGUGUUGGGAUAAAGCGGAUUUGGUUUUGGCAUUUUUGUGUUGAUAUUGUGGCUUGGAUUUGUUUUUUUGUUUUUGUUACUGUUCUGUGGUGGUGAUCUUGGAAGUUUCUGAUGCCAGUAAAGGUAGAGAACCAUAGGGCCUUUUGGUCAAGUUCAACACUUAAUUGGCGUUUUGGGUUGCUCACGGCUUUUGUUUUGGUUGGCAUGGUUGUGGUUUGGAGUGUUGAUGGCUGCACUGUUAGGAACAUCAUUGAAGCUUGGAGGUAUCCAGUUUAUUCUAAGAACUCUAGUAGGGUAUCUGAAAAGCUUGACAAAACCCCAAUAAAGCCUGAAGUUCAGGGGCAUUCAACUUGGCUUUCGAGUGAGUUAGAGCCCAGCUUUACUUCAAAUCUUCUAGCUCGGUGGUUAGCUCCUGGAGGAGUUCCUUGUAAAGAUUCUAAGACAGUGGGAAUUUCAAUUCCUGGGUUGGAUGGUGGGAAAGUGAUAGAGCUAUCAGCUGGGGAUGUACAUGAAUUUGAUUUUCAAGCAUUGGAUGAUUCAGGGAAACCUCGCUGUUUAGGUGGGGAUUACUUUGAGACUGAUCUUUCAGGGGAAUCAUGGAAAUCUAGGCCUCUGGUGAAAGAUUUCAGUAAUGGUUCUUACUCCAUUUCGCUUCAAGUUCAUCCAGAUUUUGAUGGGGUUUACAAUCUCACUAUAAUUCUUCUUUAUAGACACUUUGAAGGUCUGAAAUUCACUCCUUGGCGAUUUGUCUAUGAUCGAGUUCUUUGCAAUAUUGCAAUCAGAUUCUACAAAAGCAGUGCCCAGCUACCAGAACUGCAGACUUGCAAAGCUUCUGAUUUUGGCAAGGAUGUGUGGUGUGGAAGGUGGACAAGGCAUGGCAAGAAUGAUGAUUGCCAAAUAGGUAAUGAUGGUAGGUACAGAUGCUUAGCACCAGAUUUUCCUUGUAAAGCUCCAUGGUGUGAUGGUUCCUUGGGACUUCUAGAGAGUAAUGGUUGGGUGUACUCAACCCACUGCUCAUUCAAGAUGUAUUCAGCUGAGUCUGCUUGGAAGUGCUUGAAGAAUCGGUGGAUUUUCUUCUGGGGUGAUUCAAAUCAUGUUGACACAAUACGUAAUAUACUCAAUUUUAUUUUAGAUUUGCCUGAAAUACAUUCUGUUCCCAGAAGAUUUGAUAUGAACUUUUCUAAUCCUAAAGACCCUUCUCAAACAGUUAGGAUUACAAGUAUUUUCAAUGGGCAUUGGAAUGAAACAAAAAACUAUCUAGGAUUGGAUUCUCUGAGAGAUGAAGGGUUUCAAAAUCUGUUAAAGAAAUACUUCUCAAAAGGCACAAUCCCAGACACUGUGAUCAUGAACUCCGGCUUGCACGAUGGUGUUCGCUGCCGUAACAUAAGAGCAUUUUCUGUUGGAGCAGACUAUGCAGCUUCAUUCUGGGCAGGUGUUAAGAUGACAGUGAGACAAAGGGGCUUAGCAUGGCCAAGAGUCUUUUACCGAACCACAAUUGCAACUGGUGGAUAUGCAAGGUCUCUAGCAUUUAAUCCUAACAAAAUGGAGGUGUUCAACAGAGUGUUCAUAGAGAAAUUGAAGAAAACUGGCAUUGUAACUGGCGUGAUUGAUAACUUUGAUAUGACAUUUCCAUGGCAUUUUGAUAACCGAUGUAAUGAUGGAGUUCACUAUGGAAGGGCUCCUGCAAAGAUGAAGUGGCGAGAUGGCCAAAUUGGUCAUCAGUAUUUUGUGGAUCUCAUGUUAGCUCAUGUUCUUCUCAAUGCAAUAUGUGCAAGAUAGCCAGGGAGUAUCAGUUAGAAGAGAAGAGAAAAUCGGAACAAAAAACUUGCCUCCAAAGUGGCACUUGAUGGAAGUGUAGGCAUACCCUAUAGAAUAAUGCAUACCAUAGCAUGUGCUUGGAUAAAGACUAUUGAGGUAGCCUCCACCAUGUUGGGACUUACUUUUUCCAUAAAAUUAGUUUUAGUAUUCUUUCUUGUUCAUAGAUUUGUAAGCACGAGUUAUGUAUACAAGAGUUCCACUUGUAGAUUAGCAGGGGAUUUAUAUUCCUCAAGACACAUUAUUCUAUGGAUGAUCAA